AUUACCUUACAACAGUUACCCCAUUAUGAGGAAUUGCUACUACUUUGUCACCUACUCAAGGCUAGCAAUUUUGUUAUGGAUUUCAUUGAUUGUAGUCCUAUGCAACUGUAGCUCUAGCUUCGGAUGUCCUUCAGAAGAGUAUGAAGCUCUAUUAGAGCUUAGAUCUUCUCUCCUUCACAAUGACUAUACUUCACCACCAACAUGGGGAAGAGGGAGAGACUGCUGCCUUUGGAAGAGAGUAAUCUGUAGCAAUAGCACAAAACAAGUGUCAAAGCUCAUGCUUUCACGGCUCGUGGAAUAUGAUCAAUUUAAGCCAUGGCGAUUGGAUUUCAAUAUUUUUUCUUCCUUUCACGAGCUCCGACAACUUAACUUAUCCAGCAAUCAAAUAGUAGGACCGUUAUCACAGAUAGAUAUAUCGGGUGUGAGAAAGUUGGAAAUUCUUGAUCUAAGCGAUAACAUGCUCACCGGAACUAUUCCGUUAUCUCUCAAAAAUUUAUCUUCACUUAAUGUCCUGAAUCUAGGACACAACCAGCUGAAUGGCACACUUAACGGGGAAGAUAUAUCAGGAUUGAGAAAGUUGGAAAUUCUUGAUCUAAGCGAUAACAUGCUCACCGGAACUAUUCCGUUAUCUCUCAAAAAUUUAUCUUCACUUAAUAUUCUGAAUCUAGGAGACAACUGGCUAAAUGGUACACUUAAUAAGGAAGAUAUAUCGAGACUGAGAAAGUUAGAAAUUAUUGAUCUCAGCUAUAAUAUACUCACUGGAACUAUUCCAUUAUCUCUCAAAAAUUUAUCUUCACUUAAUGUCCUAAAUCUAGAAUUCAACAUGUUGAAUGGCACACUUAAUGGGGAAGGUAGUAACUUACAAAGAUUGAGAAAAUUGAAAAUCCUUGAUCUUAGCUAUAAUCGGCUCACUCAAACUAUUCCUUUAUUUUUUAAAAAGCUAUCUUCACUCAAAGCCCUAUAUCUACACGGCAACUAUCUAAAUGGCACACUUGAUGUGAGAGAUAAUAAUAUAUUAGGAUUCCAAAAGUUGAAAAUUCUGGAUCUCAGUGAUAACAUGCUCACUAGAACUAUUCCAAUAUCAUUUAAAAAUCUAUCUUCACUUAGUGCCUUAUAUUUAGGGGGCAACAUGCUGAAUGGCACACUUCAUGUGCAAGUAUUAGGUUUCCCUGACAUUUUUUACGGUAUGGGUGUGGUGGUUUACUUAUAUGCGAUAAUAUUGGUAGACCUCAUCACAAAGGGCAACUUAUAUGCCUACGCAACAGAUCAUUUGCUUCAGAUGUCCGCAAUGGAUUUGUCAGUAAACAAGUUGACAGGAAACAUCCCGCCAGAAAUUGGAAAUCUGCAUGAGCUUGUACAAUUGAAUCUAUCACACAAUCAGCUAACAGGUCCAAUUCCUGAAACUUUCUCAAAACUCAAUCAGAUUGAGAGCUUGGAUAUAUCACACAAUCAGUUGAGUGGUGUGAUACCCUGGCAAUUGGCUCAACUACAUUUCUUGGAGGUCUUCUUAGUUGCUUAUAAUAACUUAUCCGGAUGUACACUGGAUUUUAAAGGCCAAUUUGCCACAUUUGAUGUGAGUAGCUACGAGGGUAAUAUUGGAUUACAUGGGCCGCCACUGGAGCAGACCUGCACUCCUGACUCAAAUCCAACUGUUGAAGUAGAAGAAAACCAAGAUAAUAGCAAUGUGGAAGAUGAUAUCAUCUUCUUUGCAAUACUUGCAGCUUCAUUCGUGACUGGCUUUUGGGGUUGUAUUGCUUUUUUGCUGUGUCAUCACACUGGGCAGCACAUUCAUAGUAUUUUGGAUGAUUUUGUGGAUUCCUUGACUCCAAGGAUCUUAAUGGCAGCACACAAGCAGACUUGCGUGCAGCGGAAUCGCAAGUGAGAUAAACAAUAUCUUAUGCAUUUCAGAAGCCCUUUCUUUUGGCACUUUGUAAUAAAGCAAAUCAAGCUUCUGUUCAAUCCAGUAAUUUGAAAUCUUUG